UAAAGCGAUGGAAUUCUGUGAAACAUUUUGUUGGUUUGUAGUAGUGGUCGAAGACGAGAGUUAUUAGCGGUUAUCAGUGAUGGGACAGCGAAAUUCUCGUGUUAUUCCGGUAAAUGAUGGCGCGGUGUACGAUCACCAUCCCAGUACACCCCCAACACCCGACACCGACAAGGCGGAGCAACACUUCCAUCCGUGCGAUGAGCCGCCUGUCGAUGCCGGUGAGGGAGACGCCCAGAGGAGGGAGGAGGAGGAGCGGAGGGAGGCAUGGGGUGAGGAGGAGGAGGAGAUGAAGAAGAAGAGGAAAAAGAAGUUCUGGAGGCUGCCCUCUUUCCUCAAAGCUGCCAGAAAACACCUCAAGGUGAACCGACCGAGUCAGACUGAGGUGCAGCUUAUUGAGCUACCAUCGCCAGCCAGCAGCGCUGAUGAUGACAUUAUGUGCCGCUAUGAGCUCGGUGAUCGUCUGGGGGUAGGCGGGUUUGGCGUCGUUCAUGAAGCGAGUCGUGUGGAGGAUGGCCUUAAGGUGGCAUUGAAAGACGUCAUGAAGACCCAUGACAUGGAAUAUCUAACUAUUCCUGGUCAUCCAAACCCCCUCCCAGUGGAGAUCGCCCUUACACUCUUGGCCAACAAGGGACCCAGCGCACCAGAGAUUAUAAAGCUGCUGGACUGGCAGGACCAACGGGACAACUAUAUCAUGGUCCUCGAGUGUCCGUCACCGUGUGAGAACUUAGUCAGUUUCUUGGAGGGCCACGGAGGAAGACUCGAAGAAGGUUUAGUUCGGCACAUCAUGCGGCAGGCAACGCGGGCGGCUCGCACAUGUUGUCGCCGUGGGGUAUUCCAUGGAGACAUAAAGUUGGAAAACUUCAUUGUGAGCAAGGACACCCUGCAGGUCAAGUUGAUCGACUUUGGGUGUGGGGACCUCAUGAGAAAGUCUGCCUACACGACAUUGUAUGGCACCAUGGAGUACUACCCUCCUGAGUACAGGAUCAAGGGCAAGUACCAUGUGAAGUCUGCAAUGUCGUGGUCUCUUGGGGUCAUCUUGUUAACAAUGCUGUGCGGCCGUUUUCCAACUGACAAUGACCUGCAGAAGACCGAACUAAACCUUUGGUCAGAGCCUGGACUGUCAAAGGACUGCUGCAGUUUGAUCUGUAGUCUGCUCCAGCAUAAAACUAAGCGACGGCUCGGUCUGGGGAAGAUCCUUCAACACGACUGGUUUCAGGUCUCCAUAUAAGUCUUGGCGAAAAGGAGCUUCGACCCCAGACAUUUCCCAGUCUCCUGUCAGCUUUGCAUCUUGACGGCUGGCAGGAAGACUGUUCAUUCCUCUGUGAAUCCUCUGCAUCUUGUGGAGCCGGCAGGCCAUGGUUGCAUCUUAUGCUAUGGCCUGAAGCAGCAGUACUUGCCAUAUCUGCCAUUACUGUUUGCUUGGGGAUGUGUAUAUAUGUAUAUAAUUUUUUUCUCAGAGCCUGCAUGGUCUAAAGGUUAGAUCUUCAUUUAAAAAUAAUAAAAAAGACCUCUUAUUCCAAUCACAGUGCAUUUGUUCUUCCAGAGUAGACCUCACAUCUAAAUAGCGCAAAUUUAAAAGCUUCAGGUCAUAAUCAGAUGUCUUUCCCAUGUUUCUGCACAGAAUGCUGCUGAACCAGAGGUUCCUGCCAUGGACAGCUUAAAGUCAUGUAAUGGGCUUCCUCGUCUCAGAGCUCCACUGCCCUGGUUCCUCAGUGGUUCCUCUCAUGGCUACCCACAAGUCCAAGGUUUGAUGUCCCAGAGGAUCCUUCUACGGUGCUCCAGGUCUCUCAGUCUUGCUGCUCUUGUACCAGAACUUCCUGUAGUGGCUACCUGGUCUUCAAGUCCUUGUCAUGACUGCAUGCUAUCAAAAGUUGACCUGGAUAGUGAGGUCCCUGCAAAGUCAGCUGGAUCUCAGAGGUUCUAGCACUGGCCACUCAGAGAGGUUCAUGGCACGGUCCAGUCUCAGAUGUUCUUCUCAUGGCUGUCUCAGAUGCACUGCUCCAUGUGAUAGAUGCCCCGGGUCCCAGAAGUUUCUGUAAUCAGGGUGCUGCACAAGAUCCCGGGCCCUAGCAUAGGCAGUCCUAAUGCCCCAACCCCCCACCCCUCUUGAAAAUAUAUAUUCCAGACUUUUUCAAGGGCCCUCUCUUCCUUUGGGGCCCUGGUGAUCAGUACUGGUUUUACCCCAAGUCCGACGCCCCUGUCUGUAAUAGCUGCAUCUGCUCUUUAAAUACUUUUUCUCAUGUCAGAAAGGAAGAAAAACAGCUUGCAUUUUAAACUGGAAAGAUUAAA